AUUCAAACCUUUCCUUUUGCCGCUCGCACGCUCAUGGGAUCUCCAUUUCAUGGGCGCUACGCGGCAGGGAAUCUCUCCCGGUAGCACAGCGCUGGAUCUACCCCAAUUGGAAUCACUCGCUAAAAACAAGAAGAAGCCUCCACUCUCGGAGUUUUUGAUCUCCAGUAACUCGCAGUGCUCGGGAGAAAUCCUCGCAUCUCUUCUCAAGGCGUGUGGAGAUGACCACGACAUUGCUCGAGGGAAGCGAAUCCACGAGCUCAUCGCCUCCAAUGAGGCCCUCCGAUCGGAUAGAUCCCUGGCGAAUAUGCUCCUCCAGAUGUAUAGCAAGUGUGGCAGCCUGGACGACGCUCAGCGGGUCUUUGAUGGCAUCGCAGCCCCCGAUUCCUGCUCGUGGACGACAAUGGCCACGGCAUAUGCCCAAAGAGGGUAUAUCCACAAAGCCAGGGACAUGUUUGAAAGAUUCCCGGCAUCUCAAAGGACCAUCGUCUCCUGGAACGCUCUCCUGGCAGCAUACGUUAAGAACGGCUGCCUCAAACAGGCGGAGGUGGUGUUCGAUUCGAUGCCAGGGCAAAAUGUUGUGUCAUGGACAACAAUGAUCCACGCAUAUUCCCAUUCCGGGCAUAUAGAGAAAGCAAGGAAGCUCUUUUCCUCAAUGCCUGAGAAAAACCUUGUGUCAUGGAACACAAUGCUCCAAGCUUUUAUCGACGCAAACCAAAUGAAUCAAGCACAAGAUUUAUACGAAACAAUGCCCCACUGGAACGUCGUCUCUUGGAACUCGAUGCUCGCAGCAGCUGCCCAGAGUGGUCGUCUGGAAGAGGCAAAAGGAAUCUUUUCUUUGAUGCCGGAGUGGGGAGUUGUCUCAUGCACAAGCUUGAUUCUAGCAUCUUCUCGAGCUGGGAAUCUCGACACCGCCAAAGCCAUGUUUGACAAGAUGCCCGUACGGAACAUAGUGGCCUGGACGGCCAUCCUCGCCAUGUACGGAGAGAAUGGCCACCUCGAGCAAGCCAAGCACAUCUUUGACACAAUGCCGAAGCGUAACUUGGUUUCCUGGACAUCGAUGCUUUUGGCAUAUGCCUCUAAUGGUCAUUUGGAGCGAGCAAAGAUGCUGUUUGAUGCAAUGCCGGAAAGGAACAUUGUGGCGUGGACUAUAAUGGUUCAGGCAUAUGCCGAUUCCGGGCAAAUGGAACUUGCGUGCCUUGUUUUUGAUUCCAUGCCCGAAAAGAAUGCCGUUUCAUGCACUGCAAUGGUCACCAUUUUUGCGUCCAAAGGUGACGUUGACCGUGCCAGGACAAUAUUUGACUCAAUGAACGGGAGAGAUUUUGUUACGUGGUCAGCGAUGCUACAAUCAUAUGCCGAGAAUGGCUACGUUGACGCUGCCAAAGCCACCUUUGACUCCAUGCCCGAGCGUGGAAUUGUGGCAUCUACGGCUAUGAUACAGGCGUAUGGACAAUCCGGCCUUGUUGCACAAGCCAAGCGUGGAUUUGAUUCUAUGCCCGAGUGUGACACUGUGUCAUGUAUGACUAUGUUAUCUGCAUUUGCCUUUAAUGGGCAUCUGGAGGAGGCCAAGGCCAUAUUCGAGACGAUGCCACGUACGGACGCUGUCGUUUGGGCCACCAUGCUCCACGCCUACAUUUACAAUGGCCACCCCGAGAACGCGUACGACAUCUUUGGCGCCAUGCCCGUGCACGGCAUCGUUGCUUGCACGAGCAUUGUCCAGCUCUACGCGAUGAGCGGGCAGCUCGGGCAGGCACGGGCAAUGUUCGAGAAUAUGCCCGCCCGUGAUGCGGUGGCGUGGAACGGCAUGGUUGGUUCUUACGCCCAGAAUGGCAACCUCGUGGCCGCCAAGAAGCUCUUCGAUUCCAUUCCGGAAAACGUCCAUUUGAUGUCGUGGACGGUCGUGAUCGCGGCCUUCGCAAACUUUGGGAUGGGAGUCGAUGCCAUGGAGAUUUACCACCUCAUGAAUCUACACGGCGUCAAACCAGAUGCCCUGUGUUUUAGAGGUGUGCUCGUGGCGUGCAACCACAUUGGGCUCUUGUACGAAGGGUGGCGAUGUUUCCUUCACAUGAUCUACGAUCACGGAAUCUCGCCCAGAAAGACGCAUUUCUGCUUCAUGGUGGACAGUCUCAGCAGGGCCGGGCAACUGGAAAAUGCCGAGAGCCUCGCAAACACAAUGCCCUUCGAGCCGGAUGUUUGUACGUGGAGCGCAUUGCUGGCGGCGUGCGAGGGUCACAAAGAUGGCGAGCGCGGCGUUCGCAUCGCCCGGCAUUUGCUCGGCUUGGAUCCCAAGCACUCGGCAACGCACGUAGUUCUCUCAAACAUGUGUGCCGGGCUUAGGGCAGUCGUGGAGGAUCCAGCGACUGUUUCUCAGGGCUAGCCACGUUUCUCAAAGCAUCUUGUCAUAACCCUCCAUUGUCAAGGUCUUGGUGUUUGAUUUGGAUGCUA